AUGAACGAGUUGGAAUCGUAUGCAACUCUCUUUACAGACAGAGCGGUGGGCCCCGCUCUCCUCCCCAUACAGGGGGCCGGGCAGCAGGACCAGGGGAGCCCCCUGGGGACCCUCCACCAUCGCUGGGACAGCCUGGUACAGAGGGCACAGGAGAGGCACCGCCAGUUGGAGGGAAUUGCCCCUGCGGCCCACCAGUUCCAGCAGUUACUGGAUACGUUCCAGGACUGGGUCAGCGCCACAGAGAUGAGACUGACAGAACUAUGGCGAGCGACGGGGUCCAUGGGGCAGAUCGAGAAGGCCCACGAAGAUGUUCAGGUUCUGUACCAGGAAGUCCAAUCCAAACCAGCGGAACUUGAGGGAGUUCUGGAGAAGGGGCAGAUGUUACUGGAACUGGUGUCAGGUGAGGAGGCCCAGCUGACCCAGGAGAAGAUGGACACUCUGAGGGUGAGGUACGUUAUAAUUGCACAAAGUGCCGCCGAUAUUCGCCAGAGGCUGGAGCAGACCCUGGAAGCCACAUUGAGGCUUGAUCCCUCCCAGGAAGACGUGUCCAUCUGGCUGGGGCGGAUGGAGAAGCUGGUGGCUUCUAUAACCUCCGAAGGGGCAGAACGGAUCCCACUCAGCACCAGUGAUGUGGAGAAGCUGGAGCAGGUGAUCCUGUCAGAACUCACUCACCUUUCCAACAUUGAGGGGCGCUUCGGGGGGCUCAGCUGCCUGACGCUGGAGAUGGAGGCCAUAGAGGCCCAGCUGAGGGAACAUAAGCUACUGGCGGUGGAGAUCCUACAGCACAGGGGAAUCCUAGAGAGACUGCUAUGUAUCUCCGAGACUCUGCUGAGCCUCUGCCCAGACCCCACCCAGGAGCGGCUGAAGACUCAUCUGAUGUCACUGAGGGAGCUGUACCCCAGGAUCGUGGCUUUGGGGGCGACCCCCCCAGCCUGCCUAGAGCAUUCCCUUUCACUGCUCACCCAGUUCUCUGAGGCAGAGGAGGAACUGCUGCCCUGGAUGCAGGAGAUGGAGGAGGCCGUGGCUCAGCUACGCAAUAUGGAACUCACCGAUACAGAUUUCAGGGGGCAACAAGAGCAGCUCCAGAGCCUUCGUGAGGUGAUCGCCGAGCACAAGCCCCUGGUUACCAAGCUCCAUAGAGUUUCCUGUAAACUCUCAGAACUGAGCCCAGAUGGGGCCCACGUCUUCCAACUGCGCUUUGAGGCAGCAGAGAAACAAUAUUGUAGCCUCCGUGAGGCUGUACGUCAGGCAGCAGCCAUCUUAGAGGACACUGUUCCCCGCUACAGUCAGCUCAGCGAGCGAAUGGAUUUGAUGCGUGACAACCUGGAGAGGGUGAGAGAGCGCUUGCAGAACUGCUCAGCAGUAAGCGGAGAGCCCUCUCGUAUCCGUGAGCAGCUCCGGGAAAACAGCCUGGUGCAGGCGGAGCUAGAGAAACUGGGAAUGGCUCUGCAGAACAUCAAUAAGCAAGGCACCGAGCUCUCCUCCAGUGCUCCAUCUGGGGGCUCACAAGCUCAAGUGCUCCAGCAGCAGGCUGAGCAGUUACUUGGAGAGUGGCGGAGCCUUUGCUCACAGGGAGAGGAACGGGACCUUUGGCUUUCUGGCCUCCUCACCCUGGCAGAACGUUUCUGGCACGGCCUCUCUGAUCUGGCGCUCACUCUCAGUGAUACACAGCAGACGGUACUGGACUGUGAAGAACCUGGCAAUGACCCGGACUCUAUAAGAACAAGACUCGACGCCAUGCUGGCCCUGAGAGAGGACAUUGACAACCAGCAGACUGACCUGGACACAUUGGGCACUAUUGGGGUGGAGCUGAUGUCCCUGUGUGGGGACAUGGAAAAGCCCCAUGUCACUAAGAGCCUGGAUGAGCUCUACUCCCUGUGGAACGGUCUGAACAAACUGUGGAAUGAGCGCUACAACCGACUGGAGGAGCAGCUGAAGGCGACUCUCAGAUACCAGGACACCACCCAGAGGCUCCGGGAUUGGCUGCUGUCGGCUGAAUUGCGGAUCUCAGAACAGUUCUUGGUGGGAGGAGACUUAGAAGUGGUGAAGCGUCAGCUCUGCGACCUGAAGGAGUUUAAGCGGGAGCUGUAUCAGCACCGCCUGGAGCUGGAGACCCUGGGGCACAUGAAUGGGGGCAAAGUGCCCAAGGACUCAGCGAGUGAAUGCCCCGUGGGAGACCUGAGGGAGCGCUGGGACUCGCUGGAGGAGGAGGCUGUGAACCGCCAGCACCAGUUAGAAGACGCCUUACUGGGCCUUGGGCAGUUCCAGAACCAACUAGAGGAGCUUCUGAAUUGGCUCUCACACACCACCGAGCAGCUGCAGGGGCCCCGGGCCCCGUGUAUCGACCUACAGGCUUGUGAGAUUGAGUUGGCCAAGCACAAGGUUCUGAGGAACGAUGUCCUUUCCCACGCCCGCACCGUGGAGUCUGUGAAUGAGGCCGGAAGUGGGAUCCUGCUCUCCUCCACUGGAGAUGGGGCUGAAACCCUGCAGGCAAGACUGAGGGAGCUGAACCAGCGCUGGGAGUUUGUACAAGGAAAAACGGAGAGGAGGCAACUGGAGCUGGAGAACGACCUGAGCAGGGUGCAGGAUGUGACGCUGGAGAUCACGGAGCUACUGCAGUGGUUGGAGCAAGUGGAAACCCACCUGUCUCUCUCCAGACCCAUCUGGGGGCACCUGGACUCUGCAAGGGAGGCAUUGGCAGAGCACCUGGAUCUGUGCAAAGACAUGGAGUCCAAGCAGCCGACCUAUAAUAGUGUGAGGGACCGGCUCCAGCACCUACUGGCCUCCUGCACCCUGCCCCGGGGCUCUAGCGCUGAGCACCAGCUGCGGAUACUGGAGCAGAAGUGGGAGAGUGCGCACUGCAGGGUGCAGGAAAGGAAGGAGCGGCUGUCGGACGGCCUGGCCAUGAUCACAGAGUUCUACAACACCAUGCAGGAACUAUCGGCGUGGCUUGCACAGGCGGAGUGUCGGGCCACCACGGCUCCACCCCCUAGUGUUGUCUUGGAAACAGUGACCAAUCAAAUUCAAGAGCACAAGGGCCUCCUGCAGGAGAUCAAGCUGCAGGACGAGAAGCUCUCUGGCCUGGAGUUGGUCUGUUCCCGCCUGAAGGACGUGAGUCGGAAGCCAGAAGGAGACCUGACUCAGAGUUUGGUGCAGAGCACGCGGGAGCGGCUGGGGAAGGUGCAGGAGAGAGCAGGGGAGAGGGGCCGCAGCCUGGAGGAGGCCCGCAAACUGGCCAAGCAGUUUAGUGAGUCUGCCCAUAUGCUGUUGGAGUGGAUGCAAGAAGUGGAUCAGAGUCUGGACUCAUCCCCAAUAGACACAACUAUGAGCCAGGAGGACAUCAAGCAGCAGCUUCUUCUCCACAAGGAGUUCCAGAAGGUCCUGAGGUCCAAGCGCCCUGUGUAUGAGGCCACGUUGCGAAGUGGCCGGGCGCUGAGGGAGAAGGGCCGUCUGCCGGAGGAUGGACAGAUGCUGGACGAAGUUCUAGGGCAGUUGAGGGAGCGUUGGGAGCACAUCUGUACCAGAUCCACAGAGAGGCAGCACAAGCUGGAGGAGUCCCUGCUCUUCUCAGGCAAGUUCAUAGAUGCCCUUCAGGCCCUGAUGGACUGGCUGUACCGGGCUGAGCCCCAACUCUCUGAGGAGAUGCCAGUGGGUGGAGACAGGGACAUUGUCAACGAUCUGUUGGACAAGCACAAGGUGUUCCAGAAGGAGCUCGGGAAGAGAGCGAGUUGCAUGAAGACCCUCAAGCAUUCUGUGCGAGAUCUGAGCCGGGGGGGCAUCAGCACGGAUUCCCAUUGGUUACAGAGGCAGAUGGAGGAGCUGGGCCACCGAUGGGACCUGGUGUGCCAACUGUCAGUCAGCAAGCAAGCUCGGCUGGAGGCGGCCCUACGGCAGGCUGAGGAGUUCCAUUCUCUGGUGAGUUCCUUCUUGGAGAGUUUGGGGGAGUCUGAGCGCACCCUAAAGUACGGGGUGAUCCCAGAAGAGGAGCAGGCCCUGCAGGACUGUCGGAGGCAGCAGCAGGAGCUCAUGAGCGCCCUCCAGUGUCAGCAGCAUGCGCUAGAGUGUAUAGUGUCCCUGGGGCAGGAGAUACUGGUGGCUUGUCACCCCAACUCUGUCAUCACCAUCAAAUCCUGGCUGAACAUCACCAAGACCCGCUAUCAGGAGGUAAUGUCCUGGGCUCACCAACAGGGGGAGCGAAUUAAAUCUCAAAUCCAGUCUUUGGCCACAGAGCGGGAAGAGGUUACACGGCUCAUUGAUUGGAUCACAGCCGCCGAGGAGGCCCUGAGCCUACGGGACCAAGAUCCUCUCCCUGAGGACAUGGCUGCCCUGGAGGAACUGAUCUCACAUCAUGCAGUGUUCAUGGAGGAGCUGAACAAGAAGGAACCAGAGGUGGAGAGGGUCACCAAAAACUGCAAGCGCAAAGUGCCGGAGACCAGGCCACCAACGUCGCGCAAGAACUCCGCCAAAAGACAAAACUCUCUGAAGUCGCCCCAGGCUGGUUCUUCAUUGACCCUGUUGGACUUGGUGCCCCCGACGCCUCACAUGGCUCAGCUUCUAAACCGCUGGCAGCAGCUCUGGUUCCUGUCCCUGGAUCGGCAGUGCCGACUGCAAAGCGCCCAGCAGAGGCUGGAGGAGCUCCAAGAAUUCGCUCAUUUUGACUUCGCCGUCUGGAGGAAGCGCUACAUGCAGUGGAUUGGGCAGAUGAAGUCCCGAAUUCUCGAUGUUUUCCGGGGAAUCGACCGGGACCAGGAUGGGAGGAUCAGCCAGCGGGAAUUUAUGGACAGUGUCCUGUCAUCCAGGUUCCCCACCAACUCCCUGGAAAUGAAUGCGGUCGCUAAUAUAUUUGAUAUUAACGGAGACGGAUUCAUCGACUAUUACGAGUUUGUGAGCGCCCUGCACCCCAGCAGGGACCCCCUGAGAAAGUGCGCCGAUGCCGAUCAGAUACAGGACGAGGUGAAUAGGCAGGUGGCUCAGUGUAACUGCCCGAAGCGCUUCCAGGUGGAACAGAUCAGUGCAAAUCGAUAUCGGUUCGGGGAGUCGCAGCAGUUGCGGAUGGUUCGGAUCCUGCGCAGUAGCCUGAUGGUGCGCGUCGGGGGCGGCUGGAUCGCUCUGGAUGAAUUUCUAGUCAAGAAUGACCCCUGUCGAGUUAAAGGGAGGACCAAUCUCAAGAUCAAUGAAAAGUAUCUGUCGCCGGAUUCUGUACCCGCCGGGCAACUUAAAUGCACCGGUAACCAAGGCAACCUCCUCCCUAAGGGCAUCUCCCCCAGCCGCUCCAACUCCAGCCUCAGCCUGUACAGCUCCGCCUCCGCUCCCAGCAGCCCCCAGGGCAGGAAGAUUGUGCUGCGCAGGACUCGCUCGGGGGACAGAACCCCCAGAUCUCAGGCGUCGCUCAUUCCCGACGGCGCGGAGCUUCAUUUCUCAGCAGCCAAUGGCAGUGCGGGGCCCCCCUCAACUGACAAGCCUGGGAUGCCCCCGACAUGACAUCGGACCCCCAAGAAGUUUUUCAAGACCACACGGAAGGGAGAAGCACGUUCCCUCUCUGGAGCAGCAGAUCAGUUUAGCAGAGUCGCUUGGUGAACUCCAACUGAAACAAUGGCGCAUCGACUCCUCUAAUGGAGAACAACAAUGUGGGGAAAUAGGAGUUUGGCAGGGAUAGUGGCGGGGGGUAUUAUGGGGGUAUGUGUGUGUAUUAUGGGGGUAUGUGUGUGUAUUAUAGGGGUAUGUGGGAUAAUGAGUGUGUGUGGCACAAUGUGAGGAGGUGUGUAAGAGCAGAAGUGCAUGUAAGAAAGUGAAUAAGGAGAGGAAGUGAGUGCGAGGGGAGAGGAAGUGAGUGCAAGGGGAGAGGAAGUGUGAG